UUGAAAAGAAUUUCUUAUAGAAAGCUGCUUCUGUAUCCACUCGAACGUAAUCAGUAUCACUCAGAGCUACUGCGACAACGACUCCUCAAUUUGAAGGAUUCCGGGAGCAAUAUGCAACCGCAUCUAGGAUCCGCAGUUCUACCAGACAAUACUGUACCAGUCCGAUACUCGUCCGUGUAUGGCCUUCCACACCUGUUGAGGUUAUUCAAUUGUUUAGCGGAAAAAUUUGCUGAUCUGCCUCAAGAUUCAGAUCCUAUAUUGGCGCUGAAAAUUAUGACUUCGGAAUUUGUAACGUUUAUCGAAGAAAAUCGUGAGAAAUACUUCAGUGUUAGACGAGAUUAUGAGCCUCAGGAUUGA